AUGGACACUAAACUCGCCGCCGCGCCUGAUAAGAAUGUGAGACAGGUGCUUGCUGAAGUGGUGAGGUUAGCUCAAAAGCAAGGAAGGAAAGGUAGUCAAGGAGACUGGAAGCAGUUUUUAAAUGUUUAUGAUAGGAAGUUUGGGUCUGGCUUUAGUGAUCCGGCGAGAAGGUCGCGCGAUUCACUCGUUGCGUUUCUUCAAACUUUUAACGAUGAGGAUGGAUUGAAGUUUGUUGAUAAUGUUCUUCGGUCGCAUUCGAAUUGUGAGAUGUUGAAAGAAAUUAUAAAAGAAUCUCCGGAUAAUGAAUCACCUGAACAGAGGCUGGUUCGUUCAACUCUUGAACAUCCACUUUACCUGUCGAAGUAUGCAUUUCCAUCGUACGAGAAGGGAUGGGUAGCAACGAAGGUCCGAAAAAAGUCCAAGCUGCUAAGAUGUAAUGAAAUGCUUGCUGUUGAUUGCGAGAUGGUUCUCUGUAAAGAUGGCACUGAUGCUUUAGUGAGGGUGUGCGUUGUGGAUUGCAAUUUAAAGGUAAAACUUGAUGAAUUAGUGAAUCCUUGCAAACCAGUUGAAGACUAUCGAACUGAGAUUACUGGAGUUACUGCUGAUGUUUUGGAUGGAGCUUCUUGUUCACUGGCCGAUGUACAGUCUGUGCUUGGCUAUGAACUUCGCAAAGAAGGUGAUCCACACAACUGCUUGGAUGAUGCAUGUGCUGCAAUGAAACUUGUGCUUGCUAAGAUCGAGCGUGGAGUUGAUAAUUACAUUCCAUUGAUUGAACCAGAUGUGAAAAAUGUGCCAGAAACUGAAAUGGCAAAGCUACUUCUCCACAGAAUACCAGUUACCGUCCCCAGAGAAAAAUUACGCAUACUAUUCCCUGCAAACUAUGCAAUUGAAAUCAAGAGAACAUUAGGGCUUAUAAUGGCUUCUGAUGAGGUUAUUCUUCAUGUGAACGACCUCAGGAAUAGUUAUAUGAUAUUGAUAACAUCAGUGGCUGUUGAUGCUGUCACUGCUUCUCAGUAUGAUAGCAACUGCAUUAUGUUCGUGGAUUUGCCUCUUACAAUAUCUUGUCUGACACAUAAGGUAGUUCAAGGAGUGGGAUAUUCUGUGCUUGCCAUCUUUAAGAAUCCAGAAGAGGCAUCCCGAGCAUUUGAAAAUUUGAAUGGCAGCCUAGAAAAGGAUAGGUCUGGACGGCCACAGAAGCAAAUAGCAAUUCAACUUGACACAGGAGUAUCUGUUAGCAUACGGGUUCGUAAAAUGGCACAUGAUAAUUUUAUUUGCCAAGUUUCACAGCAAAAGAGACCUUUUGAGGGUGAGGAUUCAGGUGAUCCCAAGAAACUGAAGAUUGAUCGAUGUGAGGAUCAAGUGAAAGAGAUUGAAAGAUUGAAGCAAGAAGUGAGGGAGAAGGAUUUAAAUAGGUGUGAUGAUCACUUAAAAGAGAUUGAAAGACUGAAGCAAGAACUGAAGGAACAUGAGUUCAAUUAG